ACUUCCCUGGGACUUCCUGCGCCUUCUUCGUUUUACAUUUGCCGCCGUUUUCCCCUUCUACGAGUUCGCAUGAGGCCGCAGGUAACAGCUGUAUGGCUUUGUGCAGGCUCCUACCCUACGAUGUGUUGUUUGUUUAUUUGUUUGUUUGUUAAUGAACACUAAAACGGACGUAUAGUUAGCUCUUCGUGGUGUCGGUAAACCGAGGCUGGCGCCCUGCGUCAUGGAACACCUGGCAAAGUUCAUCCAGGUCGGGCCCUCGAACGCACUGUUCUCACAGAUUCGGUUCAUACAGCCUAACGACGACUGGCUGUCCAUCCAACGCUUCAAGGCCAUUGAAGUGAAACUGUGCAAUGUCCUGGAGACGAAACUGCCUGAUGUCAUUUCUCUGAAACCUGGAGCACUGGAAAGCGUGAACGGUGACUUGACACUCGAUGACGUCAAGGUGACCUACAACAUGAAGAAACGAGCCAACCUCCCAAAGUUUGUCAUGGUGGCGCGCAAAGACGACGCCAAGUGGGAAGCAAGGAAAGCCAAACACGUUGACGAAUCCAUCUGCAAAUUUAAAGAUUACGGUGGGAUGUUUGAAAGGAAAGCUGUGCUCAAGUCGGAAUUGACUGUGAGCAUACGGCGCUUGACGACCAGCGAAUUAGCACAACAGGCCAAGGUUCAAAACAGCCAGACGUCCCAGAACAACAGUCCACGGGGAAUCAGCAGCUAUUUCAAACCUGCCGCAGUACCACGGCCGAAGACUCCCGAUGAAAAGGCAGCUUUGAAGAGGCUACUGGAUCGUAGGGAAGCGAAAAAGCGGCAUCUCAGCAGCUCCGACUCCGAAAGCAACAGUGCGAGUGAAAAUUUUGAAGCGCACAAGUCAAAACGUCGCGACAGAAAGCUCGCCCCACCCACUCGCGGCGAGAUGCGGAAGGACUCCAACAAGGCAGAAGGCGAUGGCAAAAAAUUUGUUUCGCUAUCACAGCCAGUUCCGGAGAAAUGCAUACUCCUUCAAGAUGCAACCCAUCGGGAAGAGGACAGAGUCUCGGCCACCCAGGUUUCCAAGUCGUCGGUGGCAGCCUCUCGAGGUGGCAGCCCAUCUGUCCGGUCAGGCUGGAGUCGCCACCACGACCACCGCGCCGAUGUGACUACGAGAGAAGUGGCUCCGAGAGAAGUGGCUCCGAGAGAAGUGGCUCCGAGAGAAGUGGCUCCGAGGGAAGUGGCUCCGAGGGAAGUGGCUCCGAGGGAAGUGGCUCCGAGGGAAGUGGCUCCGAGGGAAGUGGCUCCGAGGGAAGUGGCUCCGAGGGAAGUGGCUCCGAGAGAGGUGGCUCCGAGAGAGGUGGCUCCGAGAGAGGUGGCUCCGAGAGAGGUGGCUCCGAGGGAGGUGGCUCCAAGGGAGGUGGCUCCAAGAGACCAUGACAAACCGAAGACAUCCUCACAUCGAGGAGAAAAAGAGAAGAUGAAGAGCCAUGAUGCAUCAACAGCGGCUGCGUCUUCGCGUGGCAGCAGCUCUUCCCGCGAGAAAGAGCACAAGACCCGAUCCGAGCACAAGGAGACGCGCGAGCGGAGUGCAACGUCUCACUCUCAGAAGGCCGAGAAGGAGUCAUCAAAGUCGAGUAGGAGCGGAAAGGAGAAAGAGCCAGCGCAAGAGAAGAGCAGACACCACCGGGACAAGCGUAACUCUCCACCAAAGAAGUCAUCGUCACACAGGGAGGAGAAGUCGUCAUCAAAGAGGUCUCAUGAGCAGAAGGGUCGCGAGCAAAAGUCUAAACAAAGCAAGAUGAAGCAGGCAAACAUAAAACAGCUGCUGACAGACUGUGGUAUCGACGACUCCGACGACUCUGACGCAGGGGCGGCGCAGAAGAAGGAACGCGACGAAACCUCCAGGCGUUCGCCGGACUCCACGCAGCAAGUCGACGUAAGGGUCGUUCCGCACACGUCCAAGAGCAACACUUCCAAAAGGGAGAGCCUGGAUGACUUCCGAAGCAAAAAAGAGUCAUCUCAAGCUGUACCUUCAGGUGCAAAGAGGCAAAAACAAACUGAAAACGUGCUUUCCAAGAGCUUGUUCCUCGAAGACGACGAGAACAGCGACGAGAGCGAUGAUGACAAGCCGAGGCAAGAGACAUCCUGCAAGUCGCCCACAACUGAAGACGAUGCACCAGCUAUUGACGUGGCGAAACAAGCAGCGCGAAGUUCACCAGAGAUGGAUUCGUACGAGCCAACUCCCGUGGCAAGGCUGGCAACAGAGGCUGAAGAAGAUGAAGAAAGCGUACCUUCAAAACCAGCUGGCGCGAGUGCCACGUCGGACGAGGAAGUUUCCAAGCUGACGAGGACACCGCCCCAUCGAGAGUCUUACGUGCCUUCCUACCGGCGGACACCGACAAGGCCUGAGGCGUUGUCAUACAAUCCAUCAUCACCAAGAAGACAGGAGGAGAAGCGCAAGAAAAAAGAUCCUGCAUUCGAGUACAUACCUUCAAGCAUUGGGCCUUCGAGUGCUGCAAAGCCUUCACGCGGUCGUUACGAGGAGUACGUUCCGGAGGCCGUCAACCGCUCUGCGCGGCAUCAGCAGUCGACCAUGGAGUACAUCCCUACGUACAUCCCGACACCUAAACGGGAGAUAAACUCUGACGUUUCCACGACGACGUACUCUUCUUCGCCGCUGUCAGAGGUGCCUGAAACCAAGAACCAGCCCGGAAACACAUUUGUGCCGUCUUCCAGGGUGGAGCGGGAAAUUCGGAAUGCAAGAGACGUGAAAGACCUGGAGGAGAGGCACAUUCGUUACCUAUUCGAGAAGAGUAUGCCUGAAAUGGAAGGAAUUAUCGCGGGGAAGAUUGAAAGCUGGAGGCGCAGAGAUUACUACAAGGGUGGAAAGGCUAAAAGGAUGCUCACCUACCAGGUGUUCUUCUCGCCGUUUUCUGACAAACAGAUGAGCGUCAUCACGAACCUCUUCAUGGAGGAGUACAUUCAGAAGGGAGUGAAUGGAGACUACUUGAACCAGGUCCUCAUGCCCGAAUUCCUGAUACGGGUGUUCAUGGCAAACAAGGGAACCAGUGCCGAGGAGAGCGACCGGCUUAUGGCAGAGACACCCUUCAACCAAAAGAUUCCACGGCGUUGAGCCGGCACACUGGGAGCUUAAUGUACAAAAUUUCUGGAAGUGGCUCACCGAGAGAAGUGUCAAGAACAAACAACUCUGUGUGUGUUGAAUGUUCAUGACUGUGCAUGUGCUUUUAUUAGUCGGAGGAAGGACUCGUCCUGUUGUGAAUGCAGUAGUCUGACUUAGUUGCCAGAAGCCAACUGGCAACAUCAGUGCUUUCAUUCAUUGCAAGGUCAACUGCCAAAAGAAAUUCUUGAAAGCCAAGUUUGAGAAGGUGUCAAAAGCUGUGCAUUUCAAUGUUCAUGACUAUGUUACACUGGUACACAAAACUUACGAGGCAUGUCAGCCCAGCAGUGCAUCGAAGCAAACUUGUGCAAUGACACCUUGAGGCGUGCCUUCGCGUCGUUUGCUAUGUCGUUCAGGUCCACCGAAUCUGCGUUACGGUGCGGCGAAACAGACUCUGCUUUCAGUGGCAUAUCGCCGUUAUGGCAAGCCAUCUUUAGAUGUGUGCACCGCGCGUGAAAUGACGGCGGAUUCACCAACUCUAGCCCAGCACGCUAUUCUAGACACCAGUAAACAUUUUCAUCAGCAUGCUUAAACAUGUAAGCAUUGCACCUGCGCAGGUUUGUUUCGGUGCGCAGUUGCAGCAGCGGCAUUUGCUCAGCAAAGCGUGUCCGUGCAUCCCAGAAUGUUUCGUGAGUGUGUCUACAUGCUUCUAUAGUUGGAGGAAGGACCCGUCCUUGCGAGAGUCAGUACCUUAGUCAUUGACUUGAUUGCUAAAAGUCAAGUGGUGGGUUUGGUGACAUCGUCGCUUACAUUUACUGUAAGGUUGACUGCCAAAAAAAAAAAAUGGAAGCCAAGUUUAAACUUAUCUGAAGAAGCUUCUGAAAACUGCUUUUCCUCGUCUAAUUUAA